GAGAAGCCAUUUAAAUGCAAUGACUGUGGGAAAACUUUUUCUGUAAAAGCUCAUCUUAAAAUUCAUAUGAGGGUUCACACUGGAGAGAAGCCAUUUAAAUGUAAUGACUGUGGGAAAGCAUUUUCUCAUAAAGGUACUCUUAAAAUUCAUAUGAGGAUUCACACAGGAGAGAAGCCAUUUAAAUGCAAUGACUGUGGGAAAGCUUUUUCUGAGAAAGGUACUCUUAAGAAUCAUAUGAGGGUUCACACUAGAGUGAAGCCAUUUCAAUGUAAUAACUGUGAGGAAGCUUUUUCUCACAAAGCUCAUCUUCAAAAUCAUAUGAGGAUCCACACUGGAGAGAAACCAUUUCAGUGUAAGGACUGUGGGAAAGCUUUUUCUGAGAAAGGUACUCUUAAAAUUCAUAUGAGGGUUCACACUGGAGAGAAGCCAUUUAAAUGCAAUGACUGUGGGAAAACUUUUUCUGAGAAAUGUAAUCUUAAAACUCAUAUGAAGGUUCACACAGGAGAGAAGCCAUGUAAAUGUAAUGACUGUGGGAAAGCUUUUUCUGCUAAAGGUAAUCUUAAAAUACAUAUGAGGGUUCACACUAGAGAGAAGCCAUUUCAAUGUAAUAACUGUGAGAAAGCUUUUUCUCGGAAAGCUCUUCUUCAAAAUCAUAUGAGGAUCCACACUGGAGAGAAGCCAUUUAAAUGUAAUGACUGUGGGAAAGCUUUUUCUGAUAAAAGUACUCUUAAAAGUCAUAUGAGGGUUCAUACUGGAGAGAAACCAUUUAAAUGUAAUAACUGUGGGAAAGCUUUUUCUGAGAAAAAUACUCUUAAAAUUCAUAUGAGGGUUCACACAGGAGAGAAGCCAUUUAAAUGCAAUGACUGUGAGAAAACUUUUUCUGUGAAAGCUCAUCUUAAAAUUCAUAUGAGGGUUCACACUGGAGAGAAGCCAUUUAAAUGUAAUGACUGCGGGAAAGCUUUUUCUCAGAAAGGUGCUCUUAAAAUUCAUAUGAUAGUUCACACUGGAGAGAAGCCAUUUAAAUGUAAUGACUGUGGGAAAGCUUUUUCUGCGAAAGGUAAUCUUAAAAUUCAUAUGAAGGUUCACACUAUAGAGAAGCCAUUUCAAUGUAAUGACUGUGGGAAAGCUUUUUCUUUGAAAGCUCAUCUUAAGAUUCAUAUGAGGGUUCACACUGGAGAGAAGCCAUUUAAAUGUAAGGACUGUGGGAAAGCUUUUUCUCAGAAAGGUGCUCUUAAAAUUCAUAUGAUAGCUCACACUGGAGAGAAGCCAUUCAAAUGUAAUGACUGUGGGAAAGCUUUUUCUGCGAAAGGUAAUCUUAAAAUUCACAUGAAGGUUCACACUAUAGAGAAGCCAUUUAAAUGUAAUGACUGUGGGAAAACUCUCUCCUGAGACCGCUCAUCUUAAAAUUCAUUCUAGAGAGGAGUUAUUUAAAUGUAAUGACUGUGGGAAAGCUUUUUCUGAGGAAGGUAAUCUUAAAAUUCAUAUGAGGGUUCACACUAGAGUGAAUUCGUUCAAAUGCAGUUACUGGGAAAGGACUGACCCAAAAAUGUCAUCUUUCUGGCAUAAGAAGGCCCUACUUAUCAAAAAACUUUUUGCUAGAAACCUGAUUGCCAAACAAAGACUGACUACCUCUUGCCCCAGUGACCAAAUCUGCGCACGAACCCAAUCACCCGCCAACAAACAGUCCAUACACUAACGGCCCAUCCAUCCAUUUACGCUCUCUCUCUCUCUCUCUCUCAUACUCUUCAGAAAAACCUUACAAGAACAUUCAAACUUUCAAUUAUUCCUGACAACUCCAAACAACUCAAAGAUGCUCUCACUCUCUCGCGCGCUCUCUUUCUCACACACUCUCUCAUGCAAGCCUCAAAGACGUCAAGUGUAACUACCAUAUCACUCCUCCAUAACGUGGCCUACAGCUUAUUGUGGGAUCUGAACCACAGUAGUAUAUCGAGAAGUGAAUUUCUAGAGACAUGCAUAGUGCAGUUCAGUGAGCUUUGGUAACUUUUUAUGGAAGUAACAUUCAGAACUGGAAACAACAAUUGCACACCUAUGUUACAGUAGUGUAUAGUGUAUAGUUUACUGAGUGAGGAUGUUGAGUUGGAGAAAAUAAAGUUCAAAGCUUUCCAGAUUUGUGGAUUUCUCUCAUGAACAUAUAGCCCCAUUAUUCACGGAAAAUUCGCCUAUUCGCCGUAUUUUUCAAUGUAAAAUAUCCAAAAAUUCCUGGUUUUUUGUAUCAAUUUCAUCUUUAAAUGCACUUUUUGUGACAUACGUAUUAGAAAAUCCAGGUAUAAAAAAUUUUUGUGGGUUUUUCUUGAGUUUUAACUAACAAAAUAGGCAAUUUUAAGUGAUUUUAUAGGGGUUUAAACUAUUCCUGGGGGCUGGGUCUGGUACCAAUCCCCUGAGAAUGCAGGGAGAACACUGUAACCUCACCCACAUUCCUAGUGCAUUAUCUAAUCUGUUUGCCUUUUAAGUUGGAAGGCCAUGCUUCAAACAUAGGUUCAGUGGCAGGGUGUAAUGCAAAAGAAACAUUAGGCUUAGUGUAUGGAGUAAAUAAAUUCUGUGUAUCUCUACGGUGUAAAAAAUUCACAAUAGUCAUACCACAAACACUUGUUGGUAAUUUUCGGCCUAAAAGCAAGUUUAUGCAUAUUAGCAGUGUGACUACAACAUUGGGUUGUUACAUUAGCAGAAAAUAUUAUUAUAAUGUAAAGUAUAGACCAACAUCAAUAAUGAGUAAUGCAGAUGCAUUGUGAAGAUUGCCAGUAGACUAAGCCCUUGCCUACAACUGACCCAUUACAGCAAGGGAAAUAACACAGGUAGUACUGGGAAAUGCCUACUGGGCAUUUCAGGGAUUGCGAGUCCGUUUUCCUCAAAUAUCUUUCAAACUAAUUAUUUGAUCGAAAUGGUGUUAGUUAACGAGUUUACUCUUGACUUUUAAAGGCAAAGUCGUAGGAGUCGGUAGGAGUCGUUUACAGGUUUGAAUGUCUGUUAUUCCCCAUCCCUUCCCUCUCCCUCUCUCCCUUUCUCUCACUCUUAUUUUAUCACUGUUUUUGACAUAUCUCCCCCCAAUACCUUUUAGCAAUUUACAAUAUGGAAUAAAAUACCAUUGUCCAUGACAUUUUUCAAUACCAGCAGAUAAUUGGAGAGUUCAUAAUGAAGAAGACAGGGAGGUUUGAAGUAUUGGUCAUAAUAAUGGUUAAUUUUUCCCCAAGUAUUCUGUUUAUAGUAGGAUCCUUGGCGUGUCAGGUAAUACCGUAAUGCUAAGGGGUUAUCUGUCUAUCAGCUGCAGUACUCAUAAUCUAAGUAUUCACUGAGUAUAUGAUGAAGGUGGAUUUUUCAUCGCUGUCAGUGGCUCCCAUGUUACUUUGUAUGCAUCGUCGCAGAAAUGCAUUUGCAAUAUGACUUCAACCCAUAUAAAAAUGGAGAAAGCUAACAAUAGAUUAAGGAUCAAUCUCAAAUUCAUAAGCAGCAAGUUUAUUUCGAUUAUAUAAGUGAUGAAAUCUAUUGAUAGAUAUAUAUCACCAGCAUUUUUGGUCUGUUGCCGUCAAGGAAUAAAAAUUGAGCGACUCUUCAAUCAUGACAGUUUGUGAUGUUGCAAAAUAGGUACAAACCUGUGAAAGACAUAGGGAAAUGGAUUUCUUAACUAAUUAUGAAUGAGGCAAAAACUGGAUACCUACUGUAUAAAAAAAAGAAUAUGUUAAAUGCCUGAAAACAAGGUAAUAAGCAACACUUACAUUAAUGAUAAGGAAUAUAAUUCAAGAUGCAUGAAACUCAACUCAUUCAUUCAACUCAGUAUAGUACAAGAAUUACAUCCUUAUUACUGGUGCUAGAUUAGAAAUGAAACUGUAGUGUGAUAUGAAUAGAGAAACACACUUAUACAGUGAUAUUAUGAUAAUAGUCUCCCCCAAAAAUAUACCCAUUUAUAUAAUCUACGAAAAUACACUGAUAAUUGAAUAAACACACUCUACAGAAACAAACCUAUUUAUUACACUCACAAACAGGAAGGCGGGAUGAGGAGGGAAAGGGUGAGGGAUGGGAUUGGAGUAAAGCACGUUCGAAAGCAUAGGUUGGCAAUGCUCGGCAACUGCCUGUAAGUCAAAAGUAAAUGCCGUAACUAACAUCAUUUGGCAAUGCACUAUAUAUUACCAAGACUUAGGGCGAGGUGUCUUGUACACUGUGUCAAAGUAUGAUUUCGAUCAAAUAAUUAGUUUGAAAGAUAUUUGAGAAAAAACGAUGACUUGCGCUCCUUGAAAUGCAUAGUAGUACUAUUGUACUUUCAAAGGUAUUACUAAGUUUAUUUAAAGGUAGAGAUUUUGAAAAUGGACUGAAUGUUACACAAGAUUGCAUUUCAAGAGGGUCAAGAUUAGUGAUUCUGGGUUCACCUAAAAGUAGAGUUCUUUCGGAAACCCGCUGUACUACAUGCAGACCAUCAAGGCACAGUCUGCCCAAAUUCAAUUGCUACAGCUAAUGUAUGGUGACUAAGUCUUGAUAGACAGGACAGAAAAAGUACAAAUAGUGUAAAAUAAAAUUUCCAAAACCAGAAGAUAAGUAAUCAUCAUGUGGUGUGAAAGUUGGUGGCAAGAUUGUAAAACAUGUUGAUCAGUUGCAGCCAUUAAUUACAAAUCAUAAAGAAGGACAAGUUUAAAAUUUCUUAUCAUUAAUCAAGGCAAAUGUACAAACUCCUCACCAAGUAUAACUUCUGAGUCUGCUCUUGUACCUGUUCAGAAUAGUACACCCAGAGUACUCUCCCAAAAAAUUAGUAGAGGAAAGCCUCCUGAACAAUUAGAUUUCACAUAAGUGACUUGCCAAACAAUUACAAAGCUGUAAACUUUCUUACCUGCCAGUCGAAAAUUCACAUUAUUUGGCGGGGGCGCUGCUGCCAUCGUUAGUGUAGGUGACAAGGGACCUGCCCAUUUUCGGGAAUGCCCGGUACUGCUAAGCUAACUGUCAUCAGUUUGUUUUCUGCCGGCUACAGAGUAACGUCGGUUGUUCUCGCAGUCAUGGUGGCUUUUUGUUAGCUGAUUUUUAGCUUCCAGUUAGCUGAAUAAGAUCUAGUGUUAAUGUGUUGGACUCUAGUUUGUCAGCAGUUAGGUUUUGCAGAGAAGGCUGCAAAAAUAGAAUGGCUAAGCCAUGUUAGGAUCCACACUUCAAGUGCGUGAAGUGUAGGGGGAAGGAAUGUAGCAAAGAUUUAACUUGCAUGCUAUCAACUCCCUUCAAUGCUUGUUUAAAGGAUUUUCGUCUCGUUCACCUCCUUCAGCAUGGGUUGUCUCGCCUGUAAGUAGAGUUGUUCAACUGCCAUGGAUUUGACUUCCAAGACUAGCGCUAUGCUCGAUGAGUCAUCUUUGGGACCUUUCAGACAGCAACUGCAAGAGCUCAUGGGUUUCCUGAAGAAAGCAAUAGCUCCUAAAGGAGAGGAGGAUGGUCUGUCACCCGUUUCGUCAGAAGAGAAAGAGGAUCAACUCUCGGAAGUCAUCAUCAGCCCGCUUGAGUCUCUUGAAGUAUUUACUCGCUAUUUACCCAGAUUUCUUCGAGCCUGCUUCUCUUUUGCCAUCUUCCAUUUACUGAAGUUGUUUCUUUGCCAGUCUGACAAGAAAGUCUUGAAGAAGGCUAAUGAGUGGUGGGCAAAUAAGCAUGAGUCAGGCAAAGCUUCUUUCGCCUAUCCUUCUUCCAAGCUCCAGAACAAGAAGUGCUGUUUUUACGCAACCAGAGACAUUCGUUCAUUGGGAAUGCCUGCCACCUCACAAUGGGACUUCUAUGGUUUAGUAGAUGCUGAAGGAAGAUCUUUCCCGGCUCGUCAAGUAAUGUUUUCGACUACAGUGUUUGAUCAUCUUGUGAGGAACUUGUUCAGAGUGAUAGAAGGUUUUAACUUACAGGAUUGGACUAUCGGAGCAUUGGCCAGGAAAAUCGAGGAGUGCUAGUCUUUGGAAAAAGACAAAGCAGUGAGAGAUGGACAGCAAAUCUAGCUUCUCUUUUUACAAUGGAUGUAUUGAAAAAAAAGGGAGUUGUGGUGUUCAAUCACAUCUUGGGGUGUGAUGACUAACCAGAAAUCAGCCUUAAUGUUUUCUCCCUUGAGUAAGUUGCACCUUUUCCCACACCUUGGAAAGGAGUCAGACAAGAUAUCUGAAGGAUACACACCCUACAGGAGCUAAAUCUUCUCCUCUACAGAAGUACCCUUUUUGAGGGGGGAAAGACCAGGAUCCAAAAUAGACUAAGGACUAACUUGUGAGCUCCAGCUAAGUCAACCAAAAAGGCCUCUUUUAAGUUGACUUUCAAAUAAUCAGAAGGUCCUUCACACACCUGUAGGAGCGAGGCUCCAGAGAGGAGCAGAGCUGUGGAUAGUAUAAGUACUCCAAGAAGGUAUUUGAUUCCUUUUCUAGAAGAUUCGCUGACAUCCAAUGCUCCCAUCACAUUGACAGCAUACUCGGAGGGAUCAGAGAGAGCGCUUCAGCGUUGGCCAAAGAAGUGGAGGCCCUUAUCAGCAAGCAGGCCAUGGAGGAAGAAAAAGACACGAACUCCAUACGUUUUUACAACAGGCUCUUUGUAGUCCCCAAGGCAUUGGGGGGCUGGAGACCCGUGCUAGACGUCAGUGGAAUGAAUUUCUAUGUGGAGAACACGAAAUUUCUUAUGGAAACCAGUCAGUCCAUCGUGUCAGCUCUAACCAGGGGACUGGACAGUGACUCUCGACAUGGAAGAUGCAUACUUUCAUGUCCCCAUUCAUCAAGAGUCAAUGAAGUUUCUGAGGUUCAUCUUUAAAGGAAGAAUACUAUUUCAAUUCAGAGCCCUCUGCUUCAGACUGUGUACGGCUCCCAAAGUAUUUACCGGAAUCCUUGCUCCCCUGGAGAAAUGGUUACAUCUGAUGGGGAUCAACACUUCAUUCUAUUUAGACAACUGGCUACUGAGAUCCAAGUCGAGUUGUCAGUUUGUGGAGGACUAACACAAGACAUUACGUGUAACUCGACAGUUAAGGGAUUUUAAUAAAUCAGAAGAAAUCCCAGUUGUCUCUGACUCAGAAGAUUCUCUAUUUAGGGAUGAUUCCAGACUCUAGCUUUUCGAGUUUUUCUCUCACUGAAGAGAAUAGAGUCAUGCCUGAAGACAGUGGAAGACUUCUUAAUUUGCUCAUCAUGCUCAGAACUGGACUGGAUGAGUCUCCUUGGAGGGACAAGAGAGUUUCAGGAUCGGGCACAGAACAAGAAAAGACCCUCCACAUAAAUGUGAAGUAACUGAAGGCAAUUUUUCUUGGACUUCAAGCCUUUACUUUGCUAGUCACUGGAAGAGACGUAACGAUUUAUGCGGACAACACCAUGGCCCUUUCGUAUGUCUGGAAACAAAGGGGGACACCCUCUUUUUCUCUCAAUGAUUGGAGAGAAGAUGAUCUUCUUUGGGCGAACAGGCCACAAAAUCAAUCUGUUCCCAAGGUUCGUCCAAGGGAAAAUGAAUGUCUUGGCAGACGAGCUGAGCUGCUUAAACCAAGUCCUUCCGACGGAGUGGACUCUGAAUGAGAAAGUUUGCCGAGACCUGUGGAGACUCAGGGGAAGACCAUCUAUAGAUCUCUACCCCACUUCAAGGAACAAUUGCCUUCCAAUCUUCUGUCCACCUGUUGUAGAUCCUCCAGCUUAGAGAACACGUGCAAUGCUUCUGGACUGGUCGGGACUCAACGUAUACAUGAGUUUACCCCCUUAUAAGAGAGGUCAUCAACAAAUUUCAGUCCCAUUAGAAUGUGCCAAAGACGCUCGUGGCUCCAUUCUGGCCCGAGAAGGAAUGGUUCCCAGACCACCUCAAGCUUCUAGUGGACUUCCCCAGAUUUCUUCCACAGGUCAUCAUCUUCGCAAACAACCCAACUUUGACAGGUAACACCAAGGACUGUCUGCUAUGGCCCUGAUAGGAUUCAAACUGUCAGGGACCUUACCAGACUGGAAGGUUUUUCUCGAAGAGCGGCGGAGGCUAUUGCAAGAUAUAGUAGAGCUUCUUCUUGCAAACUCUACCAGUCGAAGUGGAGAGUAUUUAGAAUGUGAUGCAGACAGAAUCACACGUAUCUUCUACAACAUCUGUAACGAAAACAGUGGAUUUUUUAUAUAUUUUUACAAGAUGCUAGGAAGCUAUCCACGUCUAUUAUCAAAGGUUAUAGGUCCAUGCUUUCUUCAAUGUUUAAGCAUAGGGGCCUUGAGGUUUCGAAUACGCAGGACGUCAACAACUUCAUUAAAUCUUUUGAGACAUCAAAAGUGGGAAAAUCUGGAGAAGUGGACUGGAACUUGGACGUUGUAUUAAGGUGGUUAUCUAGUCUGUUUUUCGAACCUUUAUGGUCUUCUUCCCUAAACAAUCUUACGAAGAAGACUUUGCUCUUAGUAGCCUAGCAACAGCUGGGAGAGGGUAAGAACGAGGCCCCGUCACAGGCCGUGGCAUCGCUCUUCAGCGAUAAAGAACCUGAUGGACAUAUUGGGCCCAGAAGAAGAAGUAUGAACGUUGUGUCCAGUUAGGGCUGUUAAAUAUUAUCUUCAUAGGACGAAGAACCUGAGAGGAAGCUUGAACCUUCUCUGGUGUUUGGUGAAAGAUCCCUCCCAUUCUCUCUCCAAAAAUGCUGUUUUGUUCUUCCUAGAAGUCUUAUUCUGGAGGCUCACGCUCAAGUCUAAGACGAAGUUUGUAAUGUUUUGAAGGUGAGAGGUCAUGAAAUUCAAGCAGUGACGACUUCCAUCAUUAGCUUUUAGACACAAUAUGUCAGUAUCCUUCAUUCUGCAAAAGACAUUCUGGAGAUCAAAAUCGGUGUUCGCAUCGAAUUAUCUUAAGGAUAUAGAAUCUGUUUUUGAGAAUUGUAGUAGGUUGAGGCUGUUGUCUAUAGCUGGCAUGGUGUUGGGAGAGGAUGCAUAGGGGGACCUCUUUCCCUCAAGUAUCUCCUCAUCUUGUAUUUCUUUUAAGGUUGUGCAGCUUUUAGGAAGCCUGGGGGUACGACGUACUUGGAGUGCCCUCCAGUUUUUAUGUUUUUUUUCUUUAUUUUUAGUGUAUGUGCCUUCUUUGGAUUGGUUGUCUGGUCUUCGCCCAGAGCAAGGGUAAACUGUUUAUUUUUUUUACCACUGGUGGUGAACCUCCUUGGUUAUGAAAUCCCACCAUUAGUAGGAAGGGACUUGACCAUUAUUGCCACGCCUCCUACAGGUGUGAGAGUGCUGACCAGAGACAGCAUCCACCUGCAGCUGCUGCUCUCGCACCAGGUAAGGUACUGCAAACAAUGUGUAAAAAGCAUAUUAUUGUUUUCAAAACCAAUGACUUAUUUAAGACAGAAGACAAUAGCUGUCCAUUUACCAUUUACCUACCUUCGUUGGAACGUGGAAUCAGCUUUGUAAUUGUUUGGUAAGUCACUUAUGUGAAAAUUAUAUUUUUACAAUAAAAUAAGGUUUCACAUAUACUUACCAGAGGCUCAAAGAAUUGAUGGCAGUUAGCGCAGCAGUGCCAGGUAUUCCCGAAAGUGGGCGGGUCCCUUAUCACCUGCACUAACGAUGGCAGUGGUGCCACCAACUAAUUCAAAUUUUUUACUACCAGGUAAGAAAGCUUUGUAAUUGUUUGGUAAUUAUAUGUGAAACCUUACUUUAUUUAAAAAAUAUUAUUUUGUAAGCAUUUAGAAACUGGUUGCUCGGUAACAAAUAAGGGGGAAUGUAAUUGUUACGUUUAGUUAUAAGUAACCAGGGAGAAGGUUACCAAGUAUGUUUGCAAAGUGCAAGAUAUUUAACUCAGUAGUUCAAGUUAUCCUAUGUAGCUAGAACAGGAUAUCUCAUGUAGAUGAUGUUUUUAGAUUUUAAGUAUUACUGAGUUAUUGCAAUUUGAUACUCAGGGUUAGUAUUAGAUCCUAUUUGAACUACCUUACAGACUGAUUCUGUUUGACCACAGGUAAUAGGACACGAUUCCUUAUUGUAAGCUAAGCUGAUACGCUCAUGUAAUUUGUAUUGUGACGUUUAUAUGUUUGUGCUUUUUGAACUACUGUCCUCUUGUCUUUUGUUAUGCUGUAGCCAGAUGAUAAACAGAAGGGAAUUAUUACUUCUCAAUUAUCUACCUACAUCCAGGAUAUUUUGGCAACAAUGAUGGAAUAGACCAUUAACAACAGGUCCUCUGUAAUCAUUGCAGUCAUGUCUUGGGAGGUAGAGCGACCAGUACUUGGGAUCGGCCGCUUGAGUACAACAGCAGCAGUAUUUUGGAGUUUUUGAUGGUCGAGGAAAUCCAGUUCCUGAGGAUGAGGUAGCAACCAAAUCAUGGUUGCUUGUAUUAGAGUAGGAUUAUUCAUGACAGCGGACUGGCUAUCGCAAAGGCGCUGUAUGGUACAGCAACAUUCGGUGGUCAUCCUUGUGGUUACUUGAUUUUAACCUCUUGAUUUAUUAUCAUCGAUGUCAGUUAUGAGUUGUGUAAGCAAGUAUGUAGCUCAGGAGCAGGUAUUUGCUCAUAUUAUCGGUGUUCUGGGAUUUUAACCUCUUAAUGAUUUAUUAUUGAGGUAGUAUUGUGACAUUAUUUUAUUACUGCUCAGUGUUAUUUAAUCUCAUGGCUUGUAAUGUACUAUGGAGAUUGUUAUUAUUGUUAUUGUCAUUUGAGCGAGUAGCUUGUGUAGUUGUUGUUUUUGAGCAGGUAUGACUCAUUGUAGCUUUGUUGGUAAUGAGCAAGUAAGGUUCACAUUAGAAUAUUGAUAUAAUUAUUGAUGAGUAUGUUUAACUGCUGCUGGGUUGUUAAUUGUCAUUUAUUUUGAGAAUUACUUAACUGAAUUGUUAAAGUAUUUAUUUUUAUGAUUAUUAUUUAGUUUGUCUCUAGACCUCAAGACCUGAAUUCAUUGUAAAUAUGUAUA